CGGAGAGGUCGCCCCGUCUGUGAGCGUAGUAAGAGAGUCCCGCUUGGACGAGAAGCCGAGAACUGCAAGAAAAAAAACAUUUUCAACAUGAUUCCAGCGGUUACACUCAACAGUGGAGCAGCGAUGCCAAUUGUGGGCCUGGGGACGUGGAGGGCAGACCAGGGGAAAGUCAUCGAAGCUGUGAAAUUGGCCGUGAGCGCCGGUUACAGGCACUUCGACGGCGCUCUUGUGUACCAGAACGAAGAAGAAGUCGGGGCUGGGAUUGGCGCAGUGAUCGACCAGGGCAUGGUCAAGAGGGAGGAUCUGUUCAUCACCAGUAAGCUGUGGUGCACCUUCCACCUUCCAUCUCUGGUGAGGAAAGGAUGUGAGAAGACACUCAGCGACCUGAGACUGGACUACCUGGACCUGUACCUCAUGCACUUCCCUAUGGGAAGCCAGCCAGGUGAUAACCUGUUUCCUUUAGACGAACACAACCAGGUCAUUCCUGACGGUAGCAACUUCUUGGACACUUGGGAGGCUAUGGAAGAGCUGGUGGACGCUGGGUUGGUCAAGGCUAUCGGCGUCUCCAACUUCAACAGAGACCAGAUCGAGGCCGUGCUCAACAAGCCGGGCCUCAAGUACAAGCCCGCCAACAACCAGAUCGAGUGCCACCCGUACCUGACCCAGGAGAAGCUGAUCGGCUACUGCCACUCGAAGGGCAUCUCCGUGACGGCCUACAGCCCCCUGGGCUCUCCUGACAGACCCUGGGCUUUGCCUGAUGAACUCACUCUGCUGGACGAACCUCAGAUCGAGGCAAUCGCUAAAAAGUACCACAAGACGCCAGCACAGGUCCUCAUUCGGUUCCACACCCAGAGGAACGUGAUCGUCAUCGCAAAGUCGGUGACACCCCAUCGAAUCAAGGAAAAUCUCCAGCUGUUUGACUUUGAGUUGAGCGAAGAAGACAUGCAGACCAUGCUGAGCAUGAACAAGAAUUGGAGAGGAUUCCCACAGCUGUGGGCCUCCAAACACAAAGACUACCCCCUGAACACAGAAUACUAACUCGUCAGCCAAUAAACUCCAGCUUCUGCUUUGCAUCUUCUCUUUCAAUUCAAAUGCUACACGGCGUGUCAUCGAGGCCGAUUCUGGAGAAUUCUAUUUCCUGAGCUGUCGCUGCUGGACAGUAGGUUGUGUUGGCAUGGGGAGAAUAGUUUUCACUUUUCUUACACAAGUGAGCUUUCUUAAGUGGAUCAGGAUUUAGCAGAGAAUUCGGCCAGGAACAGUUUUGUAAGCUUUUACUAGCCAGAGGUGAUAUGACUAUGUUAGAUAAUGUGGUCUUGUUAUACACAGUAAACAUGAGUAAAAGGGCAAAGAUGACUGACCGAGAUGAUAACGUGAAACCAUGUGAGAUUGGGUUAGGACGACGGUGGGAAAGCUUGCAAAUACAUUUCUCGUGGAAAUCAAGACUGUGACGAGAGCAGCCGCGUUUACGUGGUGACGUGAACUAUGAUCGGACGGUUUCCCGCAAAUAUGGUUUUAUAACUGCUGGUAUUUCACUUGAUUCUAGUCCACAUUUAUGCUUGUAAUAAUCGCUCAUCCCUUUUUGAUCACAUGUACUCCGUUAAACCCAUGGACUAAUGCUGUAUUUAUUGAUGUUAUUAAUUUCCCUGUGUCAAACUUAUUUGCCUUAUGAUAAAACUAGCCUUUACUGUAAUGUGACUGUGUUAUAAUAUACAUGAUACAAUAAAAUAUUGACCUCUUUUUUUCCUGCGAA